AUGUUUUCAGAGUUUAUUUUAAGAAGUUUUACACUGUUUCAAUAUAAAAAUAAAGAAAUGGGUUGCUGUUCAAAUAGGCCGGAUCCUACCAGUGAAAAGGGUCUGCAAGAAUCUACGACAAAAUCUUUGAAAUCUGAAAUCGAAUAUAAAGUUGUUGCUCCAGAAACUUCUAUUGCGUUUAAAUUGUAUAUAAAUAAAUUUAUUUUUACCAUUUUAUAUAUAUUUUUCUAUUUUUGCAAAUUACGAGUAUAUCCUAUUUUUUUAAAUAUUCAAAAUAAACCAAAAAAAUAUAAAAAACGGCACAAAAACUCUCUAAAGUUGUCCAAAAGCCGCCGUGGGAGCUUUUCUUCAGCUGGAUCAUCCUCCCCAAGAAAUUCAAAGCUGAUAUCUUUAUGAACAAACAGUAAUUAAUAUGGCGGUGGCAACGAAAUAUGCCCUUGGUGACGACGCACCACUUUUGAAGUAUAAUGAAACCGGAUCCGGGCCUUUAAUCCUAACCGUUAGCUUACCUAGAGUGGCUAUAUGGGGUAGGUAACUCUGGGAGUCAGCAGGUAUUAGUUAUACGGAAUUUUUCGGGUACGGGUUCUUUCCGUAGGUCUGUGGUUCUUUUCCUGGGUGUCACCCUUCCUUAAGGUGGCCGACAGGAGGCAUUGGGUUGACCUCUAUCUUCAUAGAACCCGCAAUACUUGAAGAAAUAUGAGCCUUUCUAGCCUAUCGAGACUCUAGAAUACGGUACAAGCCCCAGGUCCCAGACCGCUGCUGACGGGUCUCAGGUAACUGAUCUACCCCCGGCAAGCAGGAUCUCUUGCUACAAGCGUGCAGAGGCAUCAAAUUUCGAAGACCUUAAGCCCUUUAAUCUUAAUAUUAUCAACAAACGCAUCAUAUUCUAACUCUCCAAGAAGUCCUUCAUUCAAAAAUAAAGGAUUUUCAUUUGAGUUUCUAAAAACUCCAAUAAGAGAAAAAUACACAACGGUCAGAAAAUUGCAUUUUGGGUUCUCAGGAGAGACUUCUCUCGUAGUAGACAAAAUAACAGGCUUAAAACGAGUAAUUAAAGAGGUUAGAAAAUUGUGUGUGCCAUUAGAAAUCCAAGAAAUGUUUAUUCUUGAGGUACAAAAAUUCCUUUCCCUUGUAUAACCCGAGGCUCCUUUUGGCUUACGCUAUACCGAUGCCUCCCCAAACAUCAGAAGGGGAGCUGGCUCUACAGCUUUUGUUAGUAAAACCCACUCUCCAGAUGGCAAAUCUCCAAAAUAUAGUAAAUUUUUUUUUUUCAUCUGGAGAGUUAGUCUUACCAAAACUAUUGUAGAACCGACUCGCCUCAUAGUCCAAUCCAAAAGGAAGAUCGGGCUAUAAAAUUAAAUUUAGGAUCACCCAAAUAUAGUCAAACUUUGUGAAGUCUACGAGUCAGGAAAAAGCUGAUAUUUAGUUUAUGAGCACGCCUCUGGAAUGAAUUUACUUGAGAAGCUUGAUGAUGAAAUUAUUAGCUCUUCUUUGGCAUGCACAAUAAUUCGAGAUAUUUUAAGCGGCUUAAAUUAUUGCCAUAGAAAUAGGAUUGUCCAUCAUGGGAUAAAUCUUUCACAUGUUAUUGUGGACUCAAAAGAUGGGAAAACUAAUUGCAAACUUGUAAGUUUUUCUUUUCCUUGGGAAAUAGAAGACUCAAUUAAGCUAAAUGAAGUGGUAAAGUUUAUUUAGACCUGCUAUAUUGCUCCUGAAGUACUAGAUGGCAACUGCAAUGAACUCGCAAGCGAUGUCUGAAGUGUUGGAGUCUUGUUGUAUUCAAUUAUUCAAAGAAAGCCUCCUUUUAGAGGAAAAACUUUAGCAGAUCUUAAACUUCAGUAUCAAAAAGGGAUUAAUUUUGAAGAAAAUAAUUGGAUUUUCACAACUAAUGAAUUUAAAGAUAUUCUUACCUCGAUAUAAUAAUUUUUUUUUAAUUAAAAUAUUUUUUUUUAUAUAAAAAUUAUAAAAUAUUUUUUAUAAGGCAGAGAGUCAGCAAAAUGUUUGAGAUUGAUUACAAUAAAAGAAUUGAUGUACAAAAUGCGCUGGAGCAUCUAUGGGUCAAAAAUAAUCAAUCUCUGUUAUCAACUCCUGCUAACAAUGGAGCAAUCAAUCGCCUUGUAGAGUUUAGCUCUAAAGAUAAAAUCGCAAGAGCGCUUUUUUCGUUUUUCAAAGUCAACCUUGCAGACCAAAAUGACAGUCGCCAGUUUAUUGAAAUUUUUAAAAGUUUGGACACCAAUAAAGAUGGGCAGCUUACUGAAGAAGAGCUAUUGAACGAAACUAAAAAUCUAGAUAUCAAAGUCCAAAAAAAGCUUAGGAAGAUUAUUUCAAACGCCGACCUUAUGAAAAAAGGUUAUAUUGAAUUUUCAGAAUUUGUGACAGCUUGCAUAUAAUAAAAUAUAAAUCAGCUAAAUUUUUGUAAGGCAAUUUCAUUAUUUUUCAUAGUAAGUUAUCUCAGCCAUGAUAAUAAGUAAUUAUAAUCAUAGCGUAGGAUUACUUUUCUUAGGAUAGGAACUCUCUUGGAGUGAGCCAAAAACCUGGCGAUGGGAUUGGGGAUUUAGAUUGCUGAAAGAAUGUAGCUGGCAUCUCGAGAGUGAGAAAGAACGGAAUUAUCAGAUUCGUAUGUUAGCUUACUUAACUUAGAAAUUAGAAGGUGUCUGCCGUUUUGAUUACGCAGUCACCAAGGACCCUAGAUUUGGGUUCACCUGCUUUGCGCCGUCUUCGGAUUCACCUUGUUCGAGUUGGGACAAUGAUUCGCUGGCCAAGCUCAGCUCUGACACUGCCCUUCCUCUUCUUCAGCUCCUGGUGGCAUGGUAUUCUGAAGUGAGAUUUCACCUGGACGUCUACUCCUCUCCUUGCGGCUUGAGUGUUGAGUGGGCGGGCUAUGGACUUCUGCGGCUGCUGCUUGGGUGACGAAGUUGACCACUCAAAAAUUCCAAAAAAUGGAAUUUCUGGUGACCUCUCGGCAAAAAGGAAAAAUUCAAGUCCUGGGGCGUAACUCCCAGUUUCACGCUAGGCACUUGCCCGAUUGAUCUAGGUAUUCCCCUGUAGACUUAGCUGGGCUUGCCCUUUCCAAACCUGAACUCCUCCUUCCCUUCGAGGUAAAACCUAAUCCUGAAUUCGGACUGAGGGCUAGGCUCUGUACAGUAUCAGAAUUGCUUACCAAGCAUUGCUGUCCAUUUCUGGGUUAGUAAAACCUUGCCGGAUAUAAUUAAAAUAUGUGCUCGGAAGCUGCGUGGCCGGAGGCCAUGCCAGGUGGAGACGCCAUAUUUUUAAUUAUGAUUCGUAUGUUAGCAAUACUGAUUAAAAUUGACUUAGAUUUCUGAUCGGUAUACAAAUUAGAAUGAUCAAGCUUACCCUAGGAUAUCACUAGGACGUCUCAGCUACUAUAUGGUUCCUAUCCUUCAGGCUCCAGGCCCUCCUCUCCAGCAGUUGCAGACAGAAUAGGCAGUCCGUGCCCUUAGAGUUCAUAGAUUUGGGACUUGCUCGUAACUUUCUCCUUUCUCAGCCUUUUCUUGACCCUCAGCAGGGUACCCGUGGCCAGAGCUGCGACAAGCAAAAGUCCUUUUAGACGGGCAAAACCCCACCUGCAGAGGGAAAUGAUAUAAAUUGUCAGCUCUUGUAGGCAUAAAGUGAUCUGUAAUAAAAGACCUUAAUACUUAAUUUAUGCAAAGCUUGCACAGACUGGAACACUGAUGAAAAUAUAAAAAAAUUCGAAAAAGCGUUUAGGCUUUGUGAUAAAAGUGGAGAUGGACAGCUGAGUCUUAAAGAGCUAAAGGCAAGCAUAAAAGGAAUAAGAACUAAAGAAUGGGCUCAGUUCUUUGGAGUGGUUGAUGCUGAUCAGUCAGGAACAAUUUCUUUCGAAGAGCUCAAGAUAUUUUUAUUUGGUGAAAAAAUAACUAAAAAGCCUGUAUAG